AGCUGAGGGCAGCUCACUGUGUGCUGCGAAGACAGAAAGGUCUCUGGACGCACAGCUACACGUUUGGCCACUGGACUGUCCCACAUCCAACACGUUGUUUCUACAAGUUGUGCGUUUGAGCGCUGCGGGAGACUCGGCUGCUGGACACGGAGGGCGGCAGCGCUCCUGGCGGAGACAAGCUUGACGAUGCAGGUUCAGACUGUGGCUUUUGGAAGAGGAUUAACACUGCUUACCAACUAACGGGGUGGGCAUGCAGUAACGCUGGGGGAGGAUGUGGCCGUCUUUGUGGUUCUGUAAGUGGCUGGGAGUUGGCAUUGGAGUCCUUGCUGCGUCAAGCUUCUCUCAGGACUCAGAGGACUGGCAGUAUGAGGAAUGCAAGCUCUCUAGAGCUGGUCCACCAGCCACCAUAGUCGCCAUAGAUGAAGAGAGCCCCAAUGGUACUCUUCUGGUGGAAAACAUGCAGAUCAAUGGGCAGACAGAGGACCCGGACAGAACCAUCGCGUUAUCCCUGCGAGACAACUCCAACAACUGGGUGAUCCUAGACCCAGUCCAGCAACGUCUUUACCUUAACAGUACUGGUAGAGUCUUGGAUCGGGAUCCUCCUUCCUACAUCCAGACCAUCGUGGUGCAGGUCCAGUGCACCAAUGAGCUGAUUGGCACAGUGAUUCUCCACGAGGUGCGCAUCAUUGUGAGGGAUCGCAAUGACAAUGCUCCUCACUUCCGGCAGCCACGCUACUACGUGGCUGUUAAUGAGCUGACUCCUGUUGGCACCACCAUCUUCUCGGGCUUUGCCGGGAACAACGGUGCCGUUGACAUCGACGACGGGCCGAAUGGACAGAUUGAGUACACCAUUCAGUACAACCCUAAUGACCCGACUGCCAACAAGACGUUUGCCAUCCCGUUGACCUUGUCUGGCUCUGUGGUCCUGAGAGAGAGGCUGAACUAUGAGGAGAUCACCCGCUACCUCGUCAUCAUCCAGGCCAAUGAUCGGGCUCCUGACUCUAGAGACCGUCUAACGGCCACCACCACGCUGACGGUAGACGUGCUGGAUGGUGAUGACCUGGGCCCCAUGUUCCUGCCAUGCAGCCUGGUCGACAACACGCGGGACUGCAAGCCGCUCACCUACAGGGCCAUCGUGUCAGAGCUGGCAGACCCCAACCAGGUGAACCCAGUCAACGUGACCCCGCCGAUCCAGGCUGUCGACCAGGACCGUAACAUCCAGCCGCCCUCCGACCGACCAGGGAUCCUCUAUUUCAUUCUCAUCGGCAAACCCGAGUCAUACGCGGACUACUUCCUUCUGAACAGCACAACGGCCGAACUGAGGCUUCUACAGCCCGUCAGCCGUGAGCAGCACCAGCGAUUUGACCUGGUGAUCAAGGCAGAGCAGGACAACGGGCACCCUCUCCCGGCGUUCGCCAACCUGCACAUCGAGGUUCUGGACGAGAACGACCAGGCGCCGUACUUCCAGUUAGUCACUUAUCAUGGCUUUGUCAUGGAGUCUGCUCCAGUUGGAACAACAAUCUCCAGCAACGCCAGUCUCACCUGCCCUCUGAGCAUUGUCGCCAUGGACAAUGAUGUGGAGCAGACCAAAGACCCCAUGGUGCAGUUCUCCCUGGACAACUACGCCAGCAUCUUUGCAGUGACGCCUACCGGGCUGGCCCGCUACCUGACACUCCUAAAGCCCGUGGACCGCGAGGAGCAGCAGAGCUACGGCUUCACAAUGGUCGCCUCAGAUGGUGUUCACGAGAGCUCUCCGGUGACCAUUAACAUCACAGUGAUCGAUGCCAACGACAACACGCCCACCUUCCCCAACGUCUCCUACAGUGUCAACGUUUACACAGACAUGCAGCCCGGGGAAACAGUAUUACGGCUCACUGCGACAGAUACUGAUGAAGGUCCCAAUGGCCUGAUAAGCUACAGCAUUGUCGCGGGGGCCCAGGGCCACUUCAUCAUGGACAACCGCACAGGGCUGAUUACAGUGGCACCCGGUGUCAACCUGACCAUGGGACACUCAUAUGCGCUCACCGUCAGGGCGGAGGACAGUGCUCCUUCCUCUGAGCAGAGGAGUUCCAUCACCACUGUGUACAUCGAGGUGCUGCCCCCCAGCAACCAGAGCCCCCCAAGCUUCCCCCUGCUCCUCUACAGCCUGGAGGUCAGCGAGGCCAUGCGGAUUGGAGCCACCCUGCUCAGGCUACAGGCAACAGACCGUGAAAGGGAUCCCAUUACGUACGCCAUCCAGAGUGGGGAUCCUGACAACGUCUUUGAGCUCCACCAAACGCAGGGGCUGCUGCUGCUGGCCAAGCUGCUGGACAGGGAGCGUACGGACCGCUACACGCUUGCCGUGACUGCCUCCGACCGCAGGCCAGAUGGGACUUCGACCACCACAGUCAGCGUGCUGGUGACCGACAUCAAUGAUAACGAUCCAGUGUUUGAUUCUCUGCUGCCCCGAAAUCUCACUGUUCUGGAGGAGCAGGCCAAUGCGUUCGUGGGUCAAGUAAAGGCAACGGAUCCCGACCUGGGCGCCAACGGGCAGGUGCGAUACAGGCUGCUCACCCACACCGACCUGUUUCGCAUCACGUCUGACGGGAACAUCUCCACGACUACGACGCUGGACCGAGAGCGCAGGGCUCACUAUGACCUGGUGGUGGAGGCGUAUGAUGCGGCCACGGACCCCCGUCGAGCCACUGUCAAGCUCUCCGUCAGCGUGCUGGAUGUGGAUGACAACAGCCCGGUGUUUUCCCAAGCCUCGUACAGCGUACUUCUUCCUGAAAACAGCCCUGCCGGCAUCAUCCUCCACCUCAGUGCGUCAGACCCAGACAUGAUCUCAAACGUCACCUACCGCAUCAGGACAGAGGAGGCCAAGGAGCUGUUUGUGCUGGACCCCAUCACAGGCGAUCUGAGGGUGCUGUACACCCUGGACUACGAGAAGCUCUCCACCCAGGAGACCACACGUACCUUCGUGGUGGAGGCUCUGGACGAGGGUGGGAGUAUGCCGGCUGGCCUCACCACCGUUACUGUCUCCAUAACGGACAUGAACGACUUCUCGCCCGUGUUCAGCCAGACGACGUAUGCAGGCAUGGUGGCACCUAAUGCAGCGAAGGGGACCAUCAUCACCACCGUGCAAGCUGAGGACUUGGACACCCCGGGCACAGUGGCCAGCCGAGUGCACUACCGCGUGGACCUGGAGCAGUUCCCCUACAGUGCCACCAUCUUUGAUGUGGAGAAGCACACAGGCAACAUCUUCACGAGGGUCAACCUCAACGAGGAGCCCAACACCAAAUUCAGUUUGGUGGUUCUGGCUUAUGACGAUGGCGAGCCGGUGAAGUUCAACAAGACCCUGGUGGAAAUAACCGUCUUACAGCCGUCCGUGAUCCCUGUGUUCACCCAGGAGGAGUACAGGUUUCCCCCUGUUAGUGAGAGUGCUCCGGUGGGAAAGGCAGUGGGAGUGGUCCUGGCGGCUGCCGUAAAUCAGACCAUCGUGUACUCCGUCCUGGAGGGGGAUGAUGGGGGCGAGUUCACCCUGGACAACCAGACCGGAUUGAUCAGCACCGCCAAACCGCUGGACUAUGAGAGCAAGAGCAGCUUUGUGCUCCGGGUGGUGGCUGACUCCAUGCGAGUGGUCUCCUCUAACCUGAGGGCACCGUCGAAAAGUAACACAGCCAAAGUGUUCAUCGACGUGAAGGAUGAGAAUGACCAUCCUCCCGUUUUCACCAAACCGCUCUACCUGGCUGGGGUCGCAGAAGACGCCAGGACCUUCACGUCCGUCCUGCAGGUGCAGGCUCUGGACAAAGACACAGGGAAUUACAGCGCCAUGCGCUACCGACUCACCACCCCCCCCACGGCUGACGGGAAGGACAGCUUCGUGAUCGAACCUUACACAGGCAUCAUUAAGACAGCCAUCGUGUACCGGAACAUGCGACGCUACUACUUCAGAUUUGACGUUAUCGCCACCGACAACUACGGACAGGGUUUGAGCAGUAGUGCACAAGUGGUGGUGUCUGUGGUUAACCAGCUGGACAUGCAAGUGGUGGUCUCCAACGUGCCCCCCACGGUGGUGGAGGAGAACAAGGAGCAGCUGAUUGGGAUUCUAGAGCAGUACGUUCAGGACCAGGUCCCAGGUUCCACGGUGAUGGUGGAGUCUGUUGGGCCACACCGAUACGGAGACACCUACGAGCAAGAAGACUACUCCAAAUCAGAUCUGAUGGUCUACGCCAUUGACCCCAUGACCAACCGCGCUCUCUCCAUACAGGAGCUGUUCAAGUUCCUGGACGGGAAGCUGCUGGACAUCAGCAAAGCGUUCCAGCCAUACCUGGGGCGGGGCGGGCGUAUCCUGGAGAUCCGCACGCCCGAUGUGGUGACAAGCGUGAAGAAGGCGGUGCAGGCGGUGGGCUACACAGAGGGGGCCCUGCUGGCCCUCGUUGUCAUCAUCAUCCUUUGCUGCGUCCCCGCCAUCCUCAUCGUCAUCUUCACCUACCGACAAUUUAAAGAGCGUCAGACUGAGUGUGCCAAAACCGCCAGGAUCCAAAUGGCACUGCCAGCUGGCAAACCUGGAGGGGCUGCGCCCAGCAACUUGUAUGAGGAGCUCGGCGACAGCACCAUGGCUAAAACCUGCGUCUUGGAGGAGGGCGACUGCCAGCGUCUCAUCAGCGAGUUUUCCUCACGCGUCAUCGCCACCCACAAGCAUUCGGCAGCCAAUGGUGUCCUGUUUAACAACCUGCUGCACUCUGAGUGCAGCGUCAGCUUCCUGUCUGACGAGAACCCGCUGACCAUCACCAGCCCCCUUUACUGCGAUGACAGCAGGGGGUGCGGCGGCCCCAAGCAUUCCGCCAGUACCCAGCAGCACGCAGACUCGCCUGACAGGUGCUUCUCAGUCCGGCACUUCUCUGUUCGCCGGCUGGGCCACUCCUGGACCCUGCCAUCCAGGCUGCGCAGGCGGGAGGCAGGCGCAGGAGGCAGGCGGAGCCACCUGGUGGUGAUGGACCCUGUGCAGCCGGACACGGAGGAGAAGCCGGGCGGCCCCCAGUGGCCCCAGCUGACGGUGAGGGAGCAGACGACAGGACGUGACACCCGGGGCUCACUCUCUCUGGACUUCCUGCUGUGCGAUGAGCCGUGGUCUGUUGAUGCGGGCUCGGGCACUCCCACCAUCAUCAUCACCCAGAGUGACAGCACGCCUCCACCCAGCCACAAGCCGACCCCCCUGGGGGUGCGCAAGCCCCCCAGCCUGGCUGCCUGCCUCAGGGAGGACACCUACGAGGUUAACUUGGAAAUCAUUCCAGACCACCCUGGCGUUCCUGCUCCUCUACCACCCACGGAGGCAACCCUCCAGACCGCUUCCACUUCCCCACCUCACCAUUCCAGCCCUCCUCCCAGAUCUCCACCCCCUCCACCCCUCCUCAGCCCUCCAACCCCUCCCCCUCUCCCAGUCCUGUCUUUACCUGCCCCCUCCCUGCUGCUUCUCCCACCGCUGCCUCCGGUGACAUCUCUCCAGACGGUGACCCUGCGUCCUCCUCCACUGCCCCCCCCAGCCGAGACCCCCAGGAAGGAGCUCAAGCGCGUCCUCGGACAUAUCCAAAACAUAGCGGACAUUGAGAAAGCUGUUGCCAACAUGUACAGUCAAAUAGACAGAAAACAGCAGCCACCAAAAGUGGCACCAAAGUCACCAGUGGCUGUGACAACAGAGAUGGGCAGGUCAGAGGCGGAGACCACGCUGGAGGCGGAGCCUGUGCAGAGGGCGGAUACAGAGAAUCAGAAGAACCCAAACCUGAACUCUGUCUUUGUCUCUGUCUCUGAGAGCUCCCCCUCUCAGUACACCAUGCUGUGACUACACCUCCUCUCGCUUUUCUUUUUUCCUCAUCUCUCUCUGCCAUCUUUCUCAGUAACUUUAUUUGAUAUCCUCCUUUUCCUAAUUUUUGUCAUGUUUUCCCCACUCACUGUCAUAUUGUACAUGUUGUUUAGAAUGUCCUUGGUUUUUGGGAAGUGAAGCUCCGCGUUUGUGCUUCUUGGUUUAGAUUUGAUCAGAUUAGAUUCUAAAAGUUUAAUGAAUUUGAACUCAUUCAGCAUUUUUUAUUCAAAUCAGUUUUGUAUGAGAAAACGACUUUAUUGUCUGUCUGACGUUUCUUAUUGGACAGUACUUAGAGAUGCUAAAUAAAGCUUUGCACUGGGGUCUCUCUUCUCUCUUUCGCUAGUGUUGGCACAGCAUGUACAAGCUUUCUCCUUCAUCCAUUAUG